AUGUCUGAAAUUCGCAUCUCUUUCGAUGUUCCCUCUUACCUUAUCGUUCACUACUACAUUACUGGAAUAUCUUCGCUUAUACUCAACUUAUUCGUAGUUUAUCUGAUUGUUUAUCAUAGUGGAAAACUUGAUUCCUACCGAUUUUAUUUGUUAGCGUUUCAGAUUUCAUGCACUUUAUCGGAUCUACAUAUUUCUAUAGUGGCUCAACCAAUUGGAUUCUUCCCGAUUCCCGCCGGCUAUGGUUAUGGAAUCGGACAUUAUUUCAUCUCAUCACACACAGGGUCCACAAUAUUCUCAUUUUUGUUGAGUGGACAAAUCGAAGUGCUCACGAUUUGUUUCUUCAGAAAACAUAAAGCAAUUACGAAUUUGGCAAAUCCGUUGGGAUCAUCAAGCGCUGUAUACUUAUGUAUUUAUGCAAUAAAUAUCCCGUAUUGCAUUUAUGUGCAUGCCAACUCACUCGAUCUUCAAUUCAAUUGUUGUCGUGUUGACCUAUCCAGAGUUUCGAAAGAAAUUAUAUUUUUGGAAAAGGAAGUCAAUGAAUACAACUUCGGCCAGGGUUUCGUGGCUUCGAAAUUCAAACAGUAA